GGGCGAGAAGCAAUGGCAAGUCCGAGGGUCGCGAGCUUCUCGUCGCCUACGUGGAGCCGGUGGAGCAGCGGCUGCGUCGCUUUCCCCUAGCCAGGAUCUUGUGCUGAAAGACAUUACCAAAGUGCCUUGGGACAGCCUACCACUCUGACCUACAUAGCCUGGAAAAGAACCACUGUUGCUUGUGGAGGGGUGGCCUGAACCAGCUCAGUAUCUCCUUUGAUUCUGGGAUCUGCACUGAACUUGAUCUCCAUGGCACACCGGCUGCAGAUGCGUCUACUGACGUGGGAUGUGAAGGAUACCCUGAUCAAGCUCCGCCGCCCUGUUGGGGAGGAAUAUGCCAGCAAGGCCCGGGCCCAUGGCCUGGAGGUGGAGGCCACAGCUGUGGAACAAGCCUUCAGGCAGGCAUAUAAGGCUCAGAGCCACAGUUUUCCCAACUAUGGCCUGAGCCGUGGCCUUACUUCCCGUCAAUGGUGGGUGGAUGUGGUCCUACACACCUUCCACCUAGCAGGGGUCCCAGAUGCCCAGGCCAUGACUCCAGUUGCUGACCAACUGUAUGAAGACUUCAGCAGCCCUUUCACCUGGCAGGUGUUGGAGGGGGCUGAGACUACCCUGAAGGGGUGCCGUAAGCGGGGUCUGAGGCUAGCAGUGGUCUCCAACUUUGACCGACGACUAGAGGAUAUCCUAACGGGCCUUGGCCUGCGAGAACAUUUUGAUUUUCUUUUGACUUCUGAGGCUGUGGGCUGUCCGAAACCGGAUCCACGGAUUUUCCGUGAGGCUUUGCAACUCGCCUGUGUAGAGCCUGCAUCGGCAGCUCAUGUUGGGGAUAGUUAUCUCUGUGACUACCAGGGGGCUCGGGCUGUGGGUAUGCACAGCUUCCUGGUGGUAGGCCCAGAGCCUCUGGACUCCUCAGUCAGAGAUUCUGUCCCUAAAGAACAUAUUCUACCCUCCCUCUCCCAUCUCCUGCCUGCCCUUGACCUCUUGGAGGCCCCAAGCCGAAUGUCAUGAGUCUGGUGAGGGAAGUAGCUGGGACCAAAUAAACACCGGAGGCAGGGAGUCCCUUCUUUCUCACCUCUCCGGCAGAGGAGGUGUCUUGGCCCUCCUGCUGCAGCCUCUAUAACCUAUUCUGAUCAUA